AUCGGGAGACCGAGAGCUGGUGAAAACAAGUUUCUGGACGGCAGCAACUCGGCAAGGAUGCGCGGGUCAGUAUCGAUUCUGUAUGCAUGACGAUGUGGGCCCGUGGGAUUCGCAAGACAAAUUCUGGGACAUGGUGAAUCCGCGUGACGAUGGCUCGUGUUUGGUCGUCGAUAGGCAGUACGCGAAGGCCGGAACGCCGUUUGGCGUGCGGCAAGUGCAAUGUUCGUCGCAAAGUGCUAAUUUCGCCUGCCAGAAAGAAGAUUACAGAGCAGAUGACCUUGUAAAUAAGGACCAAGAAUCUGAUGAAGAGAGAGUCAGAACAAAUUGCGAUCUUCCAUACUGUUCAGAUUUAGAGUAUUGUGGAGUAAACAAAAACUUUUCUGCUAAAACCGAAAACGGAGAUUAUCUUCUAAUAAAGCCGAACCUUUUGGGAACGUGGAAGACAUCUUGCGGAGUUCGCUAUUUAAUGUCCGAUAAAAUCAUGGAUUGGAGAAGUGCAAUGAACUUCUGUUGCUCCCUUGGAAUGAAUAUCAUAUCAGUACAAUCCCAGGAAAAGUUGAACUGCCUCGAUAAUAUUCUAGAGAACAAUGUCGUAUACUGGACUUCGGGAACCAAUGGGGGAUGCGCAAAUCAGCGUUAUCGAUGGUGUUCAUCUGAGUUCAAAGACUUCAUAAAACCAAGUGUCAAUCUACGCAACAGUACGCUUAAUUUUGACAAGAAUGGGGAACGUGCUAAUCCUUCUAAAAAAUAUUGCGUGAUACUAAAAAAAUCAGAAACUGAAGGUCCCAUCUUGGGUAUUGAUCUAUGCACCAAUAUGGCUUCUAAGAGCGUAAUUUGUGAAGCUCGCGUAAUGGCCGAAUCACAUCUGCAAGAGAUUUUUAACGAGUGCAAAAUGACUCAUCGUCUCACGCAACGUGAUAUUGCAAAAUUUAGCUCCUCAGAGCUGGACACUUUUUCAUACAAAAUGAAGUGUUUGAUGACGUGCAUGGCAGAGCUUCUCGGAUUGCUUUAUGAUAGUGGAAAAUUGUGGGUUGACUCAAUCGAGAAAGCGAUGCGACGAGUUAAACAGUCCCAAGUGCUUGAAGAUUUCCGUUCGCUGAUGAAAAAAUAUCCUACCAAACUUUUUAAAAAAGCAGCUGAUAAUUUGGAUGCGUUGAAAAUGAUGGUUUUAGAGCAGAACAAAGAGCAAGCUUGGAAGUCCACUCUGUUUGUGAAUGAGGCACUUGACAGGUUUUGGGAAUGCACCCGAAUAGUCCAAUUCAACACAUCCCAAGAUGAGUGUUUUUUCAUACACAAUUUCAUCAAAUGUUUUACCAACGAGACCGCUUCACUCGGAAAAUUCUGGAACAUGAAUUUGCAUAACAUUUUUGAUUCAAGGGAAUAUGUUUAUACCAUGCGUAAAUCAUUAAGAGAAAUUGAAGAAAUGGUAGAAAAUGCUAAUAUAUUCACAAAUCCUGACCCGAUAUCAAAAGCUCCCAGGGAUAAUUUGGCGUUUGUUAACAAAAUUUCAUACACGGAAGAGUUUGUUAGUUCAAAGUGUAUCAAUCAUUAUUUACGACCGAAAAAUCUUACUGAUUUGGAUGCUUGUACCGCUCUGUCGGCUAAUUUUAUGCCUAUUGCUGAAGGAGGGAACAUUCGUGCGAAUAUAUUUAUUGACAAGAAGUUCUAUUCUCCACUGGUAGCAGCUGCAAUGUGCGAACGAGCAAACGGUAGCCUAGUAACAGCUGAAGAAUUGAACACUGGAGAAAUAUUUUCGUUCCUUGAUAAUGCAAAAGAAUCAAUCGGAAAUCCAUCCCAAAAGGGUUUUGGUGCGGUGCUUUUGGAUGAAUAUUUUGUGGACUCCAAAGGGGAAUUCCGAUGGUGCAGCACCUCAGCCGUGCUACCCCAAGAAUUACAAAACAUCAUUGACAAGAACCAGUACAAUCUACUCUUCAGUAGUAUUGACCAAUAUUUUUUUACGUUUGUGGAUGAUGAUGCAGCUGAUUCACAGUUGUUUUUCUGCAAGUUCGAUAGCUCAUUCUUAUCCCUAUGUGACCUGAAAUAUUGAUAUAAAAUAAAAGU